AUGACUUUCUUGGAUACUUGUCUGAAUGCACUUCGUUUCGUCUCAGAGCCUGUCACACGCGGACCGGAAUUUCCACAAGUACUAAAGAAGAACAAGGUAAAUCCCGGAAGAUUCCUUGCAGUGUUACAGGAAAAUAUGGUCCUUACGAGUACGGAUGAUAUCAAUAAUCCUGGUCAAGGGUCUAGCGAUCAUUCAGCUCAAAAUGUGCUGUCAUUGAUCUUUAAGCAGCUGGAAAAUCUCAACACCAAAUUAGACAACCAUCAGGCCACACUUCAAAGACUCUUGCUAGAUCAGCAACACAGGCAGUCACAAGACAAAUGCUUGGCUCAUUCCGUCCAUGAAUUGAGAGCCGAUAUGCAACUGUUACGAGAAGCCAGUGUCAUGUUUGGUACUGGAACCAAGUAUCUGCCGUCUACUCUGGCACAAUCAUCGAUAUCACCAUUAGUAUCAGUAUCAGUAUCAGUAUCAGAAUCAGAAUCAGAAUCACCGUCAGUAGCUGAUUUGCCUCUGGAUCUGCCAGUCCCAACCUCUCCUGUAUGGAUCCAGCAACCCACAAAGAAAAGUAUCUACUCGCUCAGCAGAGACAUCGUUACUGUUACUGAUCUCUGGCGCGAAUGGUCUGUUGGGCUCUCGGAUGCUAUGCCGUCCGUAAUUGAGCUCAACAAAACCAAGGGGUCUUCUUGGAGAAGCAUUGCAAAAGAGCGACAGUUUUACUCUAGGAGAUUGAUAAUUGUCAACAAAAUAUACAAAGUUAAACAGACAACCAAUUGUUCAAUUGAAGAGGCAGUCGGGGCUGUUGAACUAUUGAGAACCGAGAUGAAGUGGUCGCUUAAGCAGAUUGGCAUGAGUCGCAACUCUCGUGUAAAUUUACUUAUUUAA